GGUUCCGCAUUAUCAGUUUCACUUUUGCAUUGACAAGCAUUUGCGCUGUUUCUCUAAAGAAGUAUGUCCAUUUUUAUAAUAUUGGCAGCUGCUAUAAUACCGAUCGUGGUUCUUAAAUUAUACUUCGUAUUAAGCCACACCGAUUGCAAGAGUAAAGUAUGCUUGGUGGGAAAAACUGCCCUGGUCACUGGUGGAAACGCAGGUAUAGGGUACCAAAUCGUUCUUGGACUUGCCCAGAGAGGCUGCAGAGUUAUCAUAGCGGAUAAAACGCGAGACCAAAAUCUCCUAGACAAUAUCUUCAAGGAAACUCGAAGCGGAAACGUAGUUUUUAAAUAUGUAGACCUAGCCUCUUUUAAAUCAGUUAGAGAACUAGCUAGAGAUAUAGCCAGAGAUGAAGAAAGACUGGAUAUACUGAUAAAUAAUGCAGGCAUCGCAAAUGUUUUUCAGGUGACAGAAGACGGGUGCGACGAGAUCCUGCAGGUGAAUUAUCUUAGCGCGUUCUUGUUGACGCAUUUGGUUUUGGACCUGAUGAAGAAAACGGGGGGUCGUAUCAUAUUCACCGGCUCAAUCCUGUCACACAUUCACGACUGUUCUGUGGAAAAUUUAAGAAAAUUGUACAAGUUCAAGGACUAUAAUUUCCACUAUCGAAACUCGAAAUUUUGUUGCAUAGCUGCGGCCGGUGUAUUUGCUGAAAAGUUAGAGAAAUAUGGAAUAACCAGCAACAGUUACCAUCCUGGGCUAGUAUAUACAAAUAUUUUUCGGACUGUCGAUUCAGGAUCGAUUAUUCUACGCCUUGGUACAAAGUAUUUCAAAUGGUUGUGUUUCUUGGUGGGGAAAAAGGCAGAGGAAGGAGCCCAGACAGCCAUCCACUUGGCUUGCGCGAAUGAUGUUCAAUAUAUCACUGGGGAGUUCUUCUAUGAAACGAAAGUUACCUUCAGACCCAGACUAUCUCGUGACAAAAAACUUGUGCAAGCUAUUUGGGAAGCGACUGAGCAAAUGGUUCGGUUGGAACAAGAUGAAAAACUGUAGUUUUUACCUCGAAGACUGGAUACAAGUAAAAAUUUAAAUGGUAAGGUAAGGUAACUAUCAGCACCAGAGCAAUGAAAGGGUGCAACAAUGUAUUUAAUAAAUAAUAA